AUGCUUUCGCGCUCCGGCCUCCGCUGCUGCUUCGCCGCGAUGGCGGUGGAUGCCGCGCGUCGCUACGCGGCGGCGCACCGCGAGGCGGGCGACACCCACGCCGCCGAGACGGCGCUGUGGUUCGACGACACCGCGGCCGAGCGGCGGGCGCUGGAGGAGCACGUCCGCAGCCCCGCGUACAGGGAGUUGCACCGCCCGGCCCUCACCAACGCGGCCAUGGGGCUCUACGGCGGCGAGCCCGGCUUCGAGAAGGCGCACCGCGUGUGGGUCGACCCGGACCGGCCCCACAUGAAACACCUCUACAACCAGACGGCGCUCGCGAAGAACCUCCGCUACGCCCGCUACGGUUACUUCAAGCGUGACAUGCACAUCCUGGACAUCGACAAACUCGUCCGCCACGCCCGGAUGCUGCCAACGCCGGGGCGGCUGCUGACGGACUUUUUGUAUCAGCGGGUGCCGCUGCCGGAUAAGAGCUGCGCCGCGCUUCUCCGCUUCCAGCGUGAGCAGAUUGAGAUGCUGGAGCAGUGGGACCGACACAGCAGUUUCCAGGGUGCCGCGGAGAUGUUUGAGCGCCUGAUUGUGACAAAUAUCCCCCCUGUAGAGGUGGGCGUUGAGACACAUGCCGAGAUGGUGCUGUGUGCCGCGGCAAGCGGUAAGUGGGAGGAGGGGUGGGACGUCUAUGCGGCCCGGGCGCGUGAGCUGGAGGCGGACUCCCCCGACUCCUUUGUCCUUAGCACCUACUUCUUUGAUGCCGUCUUGACGCUCUGUGUGGCGGCCGCCCACGUGGAGGAGGGAAUGUCGAUCAUGGAGGAAGUCAUCGCACGGAACUUGCGCCCGCGCGCCACCAUGCUUGACAAGGCCAUGCUGUUGUGUGCUAUGGGGGCUGAGAAGGCAGCGAAGCGGGAGGAAGCGGACGACGGCGCGCAGCAGCCGCUACAGCAGGAGCAGCGGAAGAAGUUAGAGCAAUGCGGCCUUGAGCUGUGGGCGCUCUAUGACUUUUACCAGCUUCCCCGAACCACGGCGUCUGUUGAGGCCUACAUGCGUAUGUGUUGCGCCUUUGCGCAGCCGACCCUCGUGCUGAAGGCGCAGAGCUUCGCCGACGCGGCUGGCAUCCGUCUCUCCUUGGAGUGUUUUCAUUGGUUGGUGUACGCCCUUCGCGGGGUCGCGGACUUUGGCGAUUACGUCAUGGAUGUCUUUUCACAGCUCACCCCGCGCGGCCUGACACCGGAUUUCGUGCUCUUUACUUUAGCCUUUAUGCACUGCGCGCUGCAGCGGGACGGCGAGCUGGCGCUUGCCAUUUAUGACCAGCACUUUAUUCACGCAAACAUCAACCCCACCCCGGAGAUGACGCUUCUUUUUAUUCAGUCGUGUGCUCACUGCGAGGAGCCGCGUGUGGCGAUGCUGGAGCGUUGUGAGGCGAUGCUGCGCCGUCUCGAGGAGGUGGGAAGCGGCGUCGACUAUGUCGCCCUGAUGUAUGAUCAGUUUCUCGAGCUCUGCGGCCAGCUGGGGGCCGUGGCAUCAGGCUUUAGUAUGCUGAAAAAACUAGUGGGACUGGGCAAGCCGCUCACCACGCGCAUGCUUAACUCGCUCUUGCUGGCCAACGCGUACGCCGCCGCGCCAAAUGGGUCACUGGCCAUGACGGAGGAACUCGUGCAACUCUUCACGCUCCUCAGGGUGCCGCCUAACAAAGACACCCAAAUUUGUCUCGGGUACUGCACCGAAGCCUUUGGGACGUCGUCGUCUCUGGACGCCUUUGGCGCCACAGUGGCCGCUAACAUUGCUGCUCUCGAUGACGCGCUGGCCUACGAUGCAGAUAUUCCCGUGUCACAAGCCCCACCAAACGAACUUCGUCAGCUGCGCACGGAGUGGAAGCUGCGACCUCGCGACAUUGUGCUGCGCCGCUUUGGGCAGUACACAAGAUUCAGGGGGAAGGAGGCCUUGGAUGUGGGCAGCAUGCAUGGCAGCGUCAUUCCGUUUGGCCGUGCACCGGGGGAGCAGCAAGUCUAA